UUUUAGGAGGCAGAGGCGGGAGCUGCGGCGUCGUCGUCUGAGGAGAAAGAAGGAAAGAAAAGCCUCGCUCGGAGCCCAGAGGCCGAGGAAGGAAGAAGGGAAAUGAGGAUUCUAUGGAGCCACGUCUUGGGUGCCGUAAGGAAAGAAAUAAUAUAGGAAGAAGAAAUCCUCCCAAGGUGAAGAUCUUGCUGAAUUCCUGACCUCACUUACAGAUAAGAAAGGAAAGAAGAAGAGUCAAGUAUCUGUAUUCUGAUGAAACACCUCUAUCACAGUGGACGUGAAGGAGAAAGCAUCUAAAUACCUGGAGUGUGGAAAGAGUGAGUUACACUCAGAGUAAUGGUCUGCAGCGACAUGAAAGGACACACACUGCGGAGAAGCCCUAUGAAUUCCUGGAGUGUGGAAAGAGCUUUGCGCAGAGUGUAGAUCUAUGUUCACAUCAAAAGACUCACACUGCGGAGAAACCCUAUACAUUCAUGGAGUGUGGAAAGGGAUUUAGUUACAGUUCAAAACUAUGUUUGCAACAAAAGAAACACACUGGAGAGAAACCCUAUAAAUGCCUGGAAUGUGGAAAGAACUUUACUCAGAGUUCAAAUCUCCGUUUGCAUCAACGGACUCACACUGGAGAGAAACCACAUACUUGCCUGGAGUGUGGAAAGAGCUUCACUUCUAGUGGACAUCUACGUUCACAUCAGCGGACUCACACUGGGGAGAAACCCUAUACAUGCCUGGAUUGUGGAAAGAGCUUUGCUUCUAGUGGAAGUCUAUGUAAACAUCAAAGGACUCACACUGGGGAGAAACCCUAUACAUGCCUGGAGUGUGGAAAGAGCUUUGCUCAGAGUGGACAUCUAAGUUCACACCGAAAAACUCACACUGGGGAGAAACCCUACACAUGCCUGGAGUGUGGACAGAGCUUCACUGAGAAUGGACGUCUACGUGAACAUCAAAGGAUUCACACUGGGGAGAAACCCUAUACAUGCCUGGAGUGUGGAAAGAGCUUCACUGAGAGUGGAAGUCUACGUAAACAUCAAAGGAUUCACACUGGGGAAAAACCCUAUACAUGCCUGGAGUGUGGACAAAGCUUCACUGUUAGUGGAAGCCUACGUUCACAUCAGCGGAUUCACACUGGGGAGAAACCCUAUACAUGCCUGGAGUGUGGACAGAGCUUCACUAAGAGUGGAAAUCUACAUUCACAUCAGAGGACUCACACUGGGGAGAAACCCUAUUCAUGCCUGGAAUGUGGAAAGAGCUUUGCUUGGAGAAGAAAUCUAGAUGUACAUCAAAGUACUCACACUGGGGAGAAACCCUAUACAUGCCUUGAGUGUGGACAGAGCUUCACUGAGAGUGGAAGUCUACGUUCACAUCAGUGGACUCACACUGGGGAGAAACCCUAUUCAUGCCUGGAGUGUGGAAAGAGCUUUGCUCAGAGAGGAAGUCUACGUUCACAUCAAAGGACUCACACUGGUGAGAAACCCUAUACAUGCCUGGAGUGUGGACAGAGCUUCACUGCUAGUGGAAAACUACGUUCACAUCAAAGGACUCACACUGGAGAGAAACCCUAUACAUGUCUGGAGUGCGGAAAGAGCUUUGCUCAGAGUUCAGAUCUGCGUUCACAUCAAAGGACUCACACUGGGGAGAAACCCUACACAUGCCUUGAGUGCGGAAAGAGCUUCACUAAGAGUGGAAAUCUACGUAAACAUCAAAGGACUCACACUGGGGAGAAACCCUAUACAUGUCUGGAGUGCGGAAAGAGCUUUGCUCAGAGUUCAGAUCUGCGUUCACAUCAAAGGACUCACACUGGGGAGAAACCCUAUAAAUGUCUUGAGUGUGGAAAGAGCUUUACUCAUCGUUCAAAUCUACGUUCACAUCAAAGGACUCACACCAGGGAGAAACCUUAUAAACGCAUGCCGUGUGAAUAGAAUCUCUCUGAGAUUGAAAUCUACAGAGACAUGGAAUUCAUAUUGGAGAGAACAGUCAUAUUUGACCCCAUAGGGCUCCCCUACACAGAGCUUUUCAAGCUUUUCAUGUUGGUGAUGCACUUUUCAGGCAUGCAUCCUUUCACGACACUACAGUAGACUCUCAUUUAUCCAAGCUUCACUUAUCCAAGGCAGUCUGCCUUUUAGUAGUAAAUGUUGAAAUGUUUUGGUGCUAAAUUCGUAAAUACAGUAAUUACUACAUACCAUUACUGUGUAUUGAACUGCUUUUUCUGUCAAUUUGUUGUAAAACAUGAUGUUUUGGUGCUUAAUUUGUAAAAUCAUAAUGUAAUUUUUUGUUUAAUAGGCUUUUUUAUUAAUCCCUCCUUAUGAUCCAACAUUUUCGUUUAUCCAAGAUCCUGCUGGCCCGUUUAUCUUAGAUAAGUGAGACUCUACUGUAUUUCAUUUGAACUAGCAAAACAGAUUCACCAUUUCAUCAGGAAGUGUGAGAGAGUGUUUCUCCAGGAGACUUGGGAGAGUAUAUCUCAAUUCCUGUAUAAUCCUGGUGGGAGAUUUUGAUGCCCGAAUGGUUCCAGACGAUGAAUCUCUUUAUGGUCAUUUCAGUGAGCAUGCUCUUGAACCAGUGACAGCCCACCCCGUUCCUGAUGGCCGUCCAAAGGUCUGACCUGCAGUUAUUGUGGGCUUUUUUCUUCUACGAAUGAUCAAUAGCCGAGAGAUAGUUCUGUUGAAUGUUGGCACGGAUGAGGCUCAAUCUGGAGAAUAUACAGGAGUCCGUUCUGACAAUAAAGGUCCUGAAUUUAUAUCAGGAAUUAGUCACACAA